CAGCAAGCCUCUGCUGCUACAGAGCCAGUGAGACGCAGGCAGGCGGAGGGGAAAGACGAAGAGAGAGAGGGAGAGGGGGCCUCCUGGUUUCUCUGAGACAGGCCCAGAGAGAGGGGGGGAGAGGGGCUCCAGGAGCACCACAACGGAGAGCGAGACGAGUGGGUGGAGAAGCAGAAUCGGAGGGGAGGGGAGAGAAAGAGGCAGGGUGAUAAAAUCAGAACCAGGCUUUGGCAGGAGCAGAGGCAGAGGGUGGGACUUGAGCUGAGGAGGGAAAACAGCACAGGAGGAAACAAAGUUUUGAAAACUGAGGAAACAGCAAAGGGAGAGCAGAUGCUGAUGGCCAAAGCAGGAAGAGAUCCAUGGAAGAAGGUCACCGUCUGUCAGCAUGUUCUCUGACAGCCGGGCCACCGCCACCACGCCUGGGGAGCAGAGGGGCUUCAAGGCUCAUGCCCCCCACUUCAUCCCAUGGCUGCGCAACAGCCUGAAGGCUCACCACAGCAGCAGCAGCGGCGGCGACCUGGGGCUCAACGGGGCGUACAGGUCCAGCUCGGAGGGCCGCAGCACCCUGACCCCGUUGGAGAGGGCCAAGGGGAUCGGUUUCUUCUCCAGCCGAGCCAAGAAGGGGGAGCUCCGGUGUAAUGGCAUAGGGAUGCUGCCAGUGGUGCUGAGGGGGCAUCACAUCCUGCCAGGCAGCGUGGGGAACCAGAGAGAGGACGGUCCUGCCAGGUGGAGCAAGACUAAAGAGCUGGAGGUGGAGCCCAGCACCAACUCUCAACUGAGCCCAGAGAAAGGACUGGCCGACAGCUGCUCCUCGCCGCCGCAGAGCCAAAACGUGGGAUACACAAGCAGCCCCUCGGUGAGGAAAUACGGGCCUCUGGUGGGGCCCCAUCCCACUCCUGUACCUGUGCUGCUGGCUGAGAAGCCCGACUGCAAUGUGCCUGUCGUGGUGUGCAUGGAAGACAGCGAGGGGAAGAUGUGGGACUCCACCAGUCACACCACCUACCGCCAGAGAGACGUCCACUCCUCCAGCUGGCUGAGCUCAGGCACUCAGCAGCUGAUCGAGAGGGAGCGCGGGUUCAGCUCCAGCUUCAGCUGCAUCAACAAACACGGCAGGAGUUCUCAGAGUCAGAGGGACCUGACGGCCCUCAACGGGCUCAUCUUCUCCAGCCAGACCCCUCCUGGAGCCCUGGGCUGCACCGCCACCCUGAGAGGCCCCAGAAGGCCCCGGCCGAACUCGGAGCGGAUUGCGAUCCUGGGUCAGAACCAGACGUGGGUACCGCACAGACCAAACAGAGAGCAGGAGCCACAGAGGAACGGAGCCGGUUGCAGCAGAAAGGUGGUCCGAAACCAGAUCAAACGGGUGGUGGACAACCUGGAGCAGGUCCUCACUUCCCUCAGGGACAUCCAGCAGGAAAUCAAAGAGGUCGUGCAGCAGAUUGACUAUCUAACCUCCUCCAUUGAUCUGGAUGAUGAGGAGCAGCAGAGGCCUGGAGGAGAAGCUCAGCCUCCCAGCGACAGCAGCUACAGUUCAGGCUCCAGCUCCAGUGAAGUGACGGUACGCAGCGCCCAGCAGAGGGCUCCGGGAACUGAAAACCAGCCAGGAACUGCAGACUCCUACAGAACCGCCAGCAGAGAGGAUCACAGCAGAAGUCAGCCUUCGCAGAACGGGCAGCUGCGCUCCAUUACCGCGGGCUUUCUGUCAGAAAGGAGUCGGACUGUUCAAUUAACUUGUGGGCAAUCCCCUAGAAAAACGUUGUCUCGGGUGAACACAAACAGCCUCCCUCCACCCAGAAACCCGACCACCCAGGAUCACGUUCUGUCUCCUAAAAGAAGCCUCCCUGCUCGGCCUCCCACUCCCGGGCUGUCUCCACUAACGGUGAACCUCCAUUACCCCAGCAGCCCUGGAUCACAGCCUUCCUCCCCUCUGUCUCCAAAGUCUUAUCCCCCCCCUGCUCUCAGCCCUUCUGUCAUCAUCGAGACCAAAGUCGGGUCACUCCGGACCCCACAAAGCGAUCUCCCAUCUGCUGGUCCAUUUUCACCGUUGCUAUCUCACCCUCAGUCUGCCAGCUGCCCACCCACCAACUUUGAAACCAAAAGUUUGCCCCUGCACGACAAAGAGCGGCGAGCGGCCUCAGCGGGACCCUCGAACGCCUGCGCAGCCAAACCACCCACAGGACAGGGCCGCAGGGCCCGCAAGCCCCCACCGUACCCGCACCACAGACUCUCUGAGCCCACAAAGAAAGUGAAAGAGCCCCGCAAAGCUCCUCCAUACCCUGAGAAAAGAAGGCUGCUCUCAACCACCGUGUGAGACAAUGCAGCAGGAGGGGGGCGGCCGAUCGAACAGAGGCACAAACAGCACCAGCCACAUGUCUGCAGGAGUGGGAAGUGAUUUAAGGCAGCUUACGGCUCGCCAACUUCAGCCGAGAUCAAGUUUCCAGGGCAACGGGAUGCAGACGCAACUCAGGAGCCAGGUCGAGGUCCAGGUGUGAUCUUUUCCUGUGCUGACCCCCACUGAGAGAGAAAGAGAGCCUGGAUGGCGACAAAGGGAC